AUGAAUGUGAGAAAUAUCCCAAAGGAUGACAUUACUCUGUUGCUCAACUGCCAUCUGAAUUUGCCUAAGGAUGUGCGCAGUCAAAUUCACAUUGUCAUGUUGCAGAAACUUCAGUCAUUCGAUCUACCGGAGAUCCUUUCACUGUCGCAGAAGGAAAAUAAAAAUUUCCUACUUCAAAUGCCACAAGUGACCACUGUGAUUUUGUCCCGAAAUAUGUUUACGCAAUUCCCUGAGGGUGAACCGCAGCAAAUGAAAAAUAUCAAGCGAUUUUCCAUGGAUUACAACUCUUUGGAAACGAUCCCGGCACAGGUAUUUUCCAAAGUCGAACAGUUGACCGUGCUCUCCCUGUCAAACAACAACAUUCACCAAAUGCAUGAUGUUGCUUCUUACUGGAAUCUUCUCGUCGAACUGGACCUUUCGUACAACGUGAUCGAUCGACUUCCGGAUAGCAUUGGUGAACUGACAGUCUUAAAAGUACUUGACUUGACAAGUAAUCGAUUAAAAACCCUACCACGAAACAUCGGCAAACUUUCUCGCCUAACGCAGCUACAUGCGGAAUUCAAUCAGAUCACCUUUUUGCCGUUAGAAAUUGGCGAUUUGGUCGAGCUGAAAUAUUUAAACUUGGAAUCGAAUCAGUUGCCGAGAUUACCAAGUUCUAUCGGGACUGAGUUCUCCAGUUUGGCAAUGAACACAUCCACUAAUAUCGGUCCUGGCCAACUGCAAAAUUUGACACAUCUGUAUCUGAAAAAUAAUUCACCCUUGGAUCAACUACCGAUCGAGCUGGCUUGCUUGCCAAAACUUCAAAUCUUAACGCUGGACGGAUGUAAUCUGCGACUGUUGCCACCGGAUGUUGUACAGGGUGGAGCUGGUUCUGUGAUUCGGUAUGGACUUCACAUAUUGAAUUGGAAAGUUGUGGAAACCUUACUUAGCAAAGAGCCAGAAUGUCAUUCCGCCACAUUAUCAACCGGUAUAGUCGCAUUUUUGAUCUGCGGAACGCAAAAUCAAAUGGAACAUCAUGACACGAGACAUUGUGAUGCAGGAUUUCACAGCACCUCAUAUUCAGUGACACACGAUAUCAAUGUCAUGAAUAUCGGCACAGAUUUUGGUCGCUCGGAUUUUGAUUGUUCUGAAUACAGAAUGGAAUACAUGGUCCAGAUGUGGCUAUCGGUAAAUCUGUCAGUAAGCGGCCUUAUGAAAGAACACAAAUCAAUCACUAUAGUGAUGAACGGAGGCAUUUAA